UUUUUUCCUCUUUCAUCCUCUACUCUAUUUUUUCUUAAGACGCAGGUUCCCCAUUCACCACUAACAGACGAAUCUGCGAUAGCAAAUCCGCGAUCGAGGAUGGCUCGUGGGACGCUUCAUGUGCUGCUGGUCAGCGCCAAGGGCCUCCAUGACGCCGAUGUCUUGGGCAAAAUGGAUCCUUAUGCCAUCCUUAUUUGUCGUAAUCAGGAAAAGAAAAGCAGUACUGCCUCAGGUGCUGGAAGUGAACCUGAAUGGAAUGAGACAUUUGUUUUUACUGUUUCAGACAGUGUCACCAACCUUACCAUUAAGCUUUUCGACAAGGAUACUUUUUCAAGUGAUGAUUUUGUAGGAGAAGCAAAGAUUCCCUUGGAUCCAGUUUUUGUCGAAGGAAGUAUCCCCCCGACCAUUUACAAUGUGGUCAAAGAUCAGGAGUAUUGUGGACAAAUCAAAGUCGGGCUCACUUUCACCCCAGUGGAAAACCGAUCUCUGGAGUUUGGGGAGGAAGAAUUCGGGGGAUGGAAACAAUCGUCCUUCCAGUAGAACUGUUAAAAGUUGCUUUUCAGAAUUAAUGAAUAUGCAUGCAUGUUCAGAAUUAAUAAUGCCUAUGCAUGAGAAUUAAAGCGGAUGUGUGAAAAAAAAAACGAACCUUGUAAAUGAUGAUCAAUAAUUAAUGUCAUUCUAUAAUUAUUUAUAAUGUAUUUAUAAGAUUGUAGUGGCUACGUCACAUAUUUGCUUAAUAUGAGAUAAUCCAUUAGAUUUUGAUUUC